AUGGCCCUGUUGGAUCUUUUCAUUGCUGCUUCAAUCCCAGUGCUCAAAGUGCUUUUGAUCACUGCACUUGGCUCUUUUCUUGCCCUGGAUCGAAUCAGCAUACUUGGUGCAGAUUCCAGGAAGCAUUUGAACAAUAUUGUGUUUUUUGUAUUCAAUCCAGCACUUGUUUCCAGCAACUUGGCAAAGACAGUAACAUACCAAAGCAUGGUUCAGCUGUGGUUCAUGCCUUUCAAUAUCCUCAUCACUUUCAUUGCUGGUUCACUACUGGGAUGGAUGCUCAUUCAAAUUACAAGAACUCCUCAACACCUGCGCGGACUUGUCUUGGGAUGCUGCGCGGCAGGGAAUUUAGGGAACAUGCUUCUUAUUAUAAUUCCAGCAAUCUGCAAAGAGAGUGGAAGCCCUUUCGGAGCACCUGAUGUUUGCCAUUCAUUUGGAAUGGCGUAUGCUUCGCUUUCAAUGGCGAUAGGGGCCAUCUUCUUGUGGUCAUAUGUAUAUAACAUUUUGAGGAUAUCCUCAAGCAAGAGCUCAAAAGAAGUGGAAAUAAAUGACUCCUCUGUGGAUAAAACUCCAUCACUGAAUGCCAGCUACACAGAACCACUCCUGCAUUCUUCUGAUGAAGCUAUGCAAGUAUCUAAGGACCAAUUACCUCUUGUUGUAUCGCCUUCCUCCAGAUUCGAGCAUAAACCUCAGGUUGUUUUAUAUGAAAAUCCUCAAGAUUCACUGUUUAGCAAAAUAAUGCAUCAUGCAGAAGCACUAGCGAAAAAGCUUAAUCUGAAGAGGCUACUUGCACCUUCAACUGCUGGAGCAAUGGUUGGUUUUGCAAUCGGACUUGUACCUUUCUUUCGAAAUUCCAUCAUUGGCGAAAGAGCUCCUCUCCGUGUGAUUCAAGACACUGCUCUGCUGCUAGGGGAUGGAGCCAUCCCAUCUCUGACCUUAAUCAUGGGAGGAAAUCUCUUAAAAGGUUUGCAAGGUUCAGAAACACCAAAGUCUAUCAUUUUGGGCAUUAUAGCUGUGAGAUACAUUGGGUUGCCAGUAAUAGGCAUUGGCGUAGUCAAACUGGCACUAAAGUUUGGAGUGGUGCACAAUAAUCCACUGUAUCAGUUUGUUCUUCUGCUACAAUUUGCACUUCCUCCAGCAAUGAACAUAGGAACCAUGACUCAGCUGUUUGGUGCUGGUGAAAGUGAAUGUUCAGUGAUCAUGUUGUGGUCUUAUGCCUUAGCUUCAGUGGCUCUUACCUUUUGGUCUACAUUCUUCCUGUGGCUGGUGGCUUGA